UCUGUAGAAAAGAUAGAUAUGAGAUUGAAUCGCACAGCUACAUCGACCACAUACGCCCUCGGGAUCUCAGAAUACGCAGUCCCGUCACUGGAUUCACUCGCAAGAGCAUCGGGAAUUCCCACAACGGCAGCUUCAAGUAUCUCCGGGUGCGCAGUUAGUGUGCUCUCAAUCUCCGCUGGGGCGAUCUGGAGGCCCUUGAAUUUAAUCACAUCCUUGAUGCGAUCAACAAUAUACAGCUUUCCAUUUCUUUCGACAGCUACAUCACCAGAGCAGUACCACCCUUCAUGAAACGCACUAUCUGUCAAUUCUGGGUUACGAAAGUAACCUCUCGUAUGACAAGGCCCACGACUGAUGAUCUGACCAGGCGUCCCAACACUGACAUCGUUGAAUUCUCCAUCGACGAGGCGCAAUUCCGAAUUUGGCACCACCACGCCGAUACUACCAGUCGAAUCUGGCUGGGGCGCCGAGAAAUUGGGAACAGUGAGCGCGCCCGUAUUCUCGCUGGACCCAUAGACCUGCAUAGCGAACAUGUCCGCGCGGCCCAUUUUUUGGUUCACUGCUUUUUGGAGUUUCCCAUCAAACGGCGCUGCGCCACCCGAUACGAGUCUGAGGGAUUUGAAGUGGUCUGUUACCUGCGGAUCUUUGAUGAUGCGGAGCCAAAUGCUUGGAACCGUGGCCAUGAAGGUUGGUUCGAGGAUGCGGCUGUAGCGCAGGAAAUCAAUCCAUUCGUAUUUUCUCAUCCAGAAGAUGAGACCCCUUCUACGGACGGGAUUGAGCAUAUAAAGAUUUACGGCUGUGAUGUGUGCAGGCUCGAGAUGGGCCAAGGUUCGGAUGGGGAAUCUCUCGGCGACUUUGGUGGUUAGGGGAUCGGCAAUAAUGGCUUGGGCUACGAGGUUGGUGUGUGAGAGCAUGACGCCUGCAUAUGAAGAAC